CCCGAUCCCCCCCAUUGUCCCAACACCUCUGGCUGGCCCCGCGGCACAUCUGGCUGGCCCCGCGGCACAUCUGGCUGGCCCCGCGGCACAUCUGGCUGGCUCCGAGCCGUUCUCAGCCCCCUGGGGGCUGCUCGAUCGCUGUCCCUGAGCUCUCAGGGCGCCACGGAGCUCUUUUCUCUCGCGGUUCCAGUUUUCCUCGGGCUGCCUAAACCAGGCAGCUCCCCAAACUCGCUGCUGCUCCCCCCGUCCAUCCCAACGAGCCGGAAUCCACAGCCUGGGGCAGGCGGAGGGGGAGAACAACGCCCCAAGCCCCGGAGGAGAUGCUGGAGUGGCGGCAGCCGCAGCUCGGGGGCCCGGGGAUGCCUCCAGAGCUUCCUGCAGGGCUGGGAGCCCUCCCUGCCGCCCGGGCACCUCCUCCAGCCCCGGCUGCCGCUCGCUGGAGCUCCUGUCGGAGCCCUGGAGCUGAUCCACAUCCUCAUCCCUGAUCCUGCCCGGCCCGAGGGUCCCCAGCCCAUCCCUGGAGCUGAUCCCGCUCAUCCCGAGGGUCCCCAGCCCAUCCCUGGAGCUGAUCCCGCUCAUCCCGAGCGUUCAGCCACCCCCACCCCUUUCUCUCUCUCCUCCUCAGGCCGUUUCCUCCCCGAGGAGCAGCCCCAGGGGUGGCUGUGUCUGCGGAAGCUCCUGUUCUUCAACCUCUCCGUGCUGGAGGAGGGCGAGCGCUUGACCAUGGCCCAGCUGGAGCUCCGCUUCCAGCACAAUUCCUACCACUCCCCCCGGCCGGGGCAGGUUUUGGAGCUCCGGCUGUACCCGGCGAACCCCCGGGGGCAGCCCCGGCCCGGCCGGGGGCCGCUGCUGGAGCGCUCCUUUGUGCAGCUGCACAAAUCCCUCCUCUUCAAGCUGAGCGCGGCGCUGGAGGACGGGAAGAUGCCGGGCAGGAAUUUGACCUUGGUGCUGGAGAUCUCGGCGAGCUCCGGGGCCAGCGGGAGCCCGCGGAGCCUCUGCGCCGGCAGCGACGCCUUG